GCCACGGAGUGACAGGCGAGCUGGAGGGUGGCAGGUUGUCGUCUGAGGCAGAUAUGACUCUGCUGGACUGUGCAGGAGCCAGGAUCUCCGGCUGCUGGUCCCUGAGGUCUGACCGCAGUGGGAGUGGGGAGGACUCGUUGGACCGGCUGCUGCCCCCCUCCGGGGCCCCCCGCAGGAAGAGCGCUACCUCGCUGAGUAAAACCGAGCCUCCUCUGCUCCGCACGGGCACACGAACCAUCUACACCGCCGGCCGACCUCCCUGGUACGACGAGCACGGAGCUCAGUCGAAAGAGGCCUUUGUCAUCGGGUUGUGUGGGGGCAGCGCCUCAGGGAAGACCACCGUGGCCAAUAAGAUCAUCGAGGCUCUGGAUGUGCCGUGGGUUGUGCUGUUGUCUAUGGAUUCUUUCUACAAGGUUUUGUCUCCUGAGGAACAGGCCCUGGCAGCGAGUAACGACUACAACUUCGACCAUCCCGGGGCGUUUGACUUCGAGCUGCUGGUCGCCACGCUCCGAAAGCUGAAGCAGGGCAAGAGUGUGAAGAUCCCGGUGUAUGAUUUCACCACGCACAGACGACAGAAAGACUGGAAAAAUGUCUAUGGCGCCAGUGUAAUCAUAUUUGAAGGAAUUAUGUCUUUUGCGGACAAAGAGCUUCUUCAGCUCCUGGAUAUGAAAAUCUUUGUGGACACAGACUCAGACAUCCGGCUGGUCCGCCGGCUCCGCAGGGACAUCACAGAGCGCGGCCGGGACAUUGAAGGCGUCAUCAAGCAAUACAACAAGUUUGUGAAGCCAGCCUUUGAGCAGUACAUCGAGCCAACCAUGAGGCUCGCUGAUAUCGUCGUGCCAAGAGGUGGUGGGAAUAUGGUGGCCAUCGAUCUUAUAGUCCAGCAUGUUCACAGCCAGCUGGAGGAGCGUGAGCUCAGUGUCAGGGCUCUCCUGGCCUCGGCUCAGCAGACUCAGCCGCUGCCUCAGACGCUCAGUGUGUUGGAGAGCACGCCGCAGGUCAGAGGUCUGCACACCAUCAUCAGGAGCAAAGAAACCAGUCGAGACGAGUUCAUCUUCUACUCAAAGAGAUUAAUGAGGCUCCUCAUAGAACAUGCACUCACAUUUCUGCCAUCACAGUCGUGUGUAGUUCAGACUCCACAGGGCCACGAGUACGAGGGCCGCAGUUACAACGGGAGAGGGAUCACCGGUGUGUCGAUCCUGCGGGCAGGAGAGACCAUGGAGCCUGCCCUGAGGGCCGUGUGCAAGGACGUCCGCAUCGGCAAAAUCCUCAUCCAGACCAACCUCGACUCAGGCGAACCGGAGCUGCAUUACCUGCGUCUGCCCAAAGACAUCAGUGAAGAUCAUGUCAUCCUAAUGGACAGCACCGUCUCCACCGGCGCAGCUGCCAUGAUGGCAGUACGAGUCCUAUUGGAUCACGAGGUGCAAGAGGAUAAGAUCAUGUUGGUGUCGCUGUUGAUGGCGGAGCUCGGCGUGCACUCUGUGGCCUACGCCUUCCCGAAAGUGAAAAUCAUCACCACCGCUGUGGACAAGAGUCUGGACGAUAACUUACAUGUAAUUCCUGGCAUCGGGGACUUUGGGGAUCGGUACUUCGGGACAGACGGGUCCGACAGCUGGAGUGAUGAGGAGGACCAGGAGCAGCCGUCAUACUGACGCAAACAUCUGUGAGCCUCUUUGAAGGAGAACACAAACACUACUUGAAAACUUCUGUUAUUGUGCAUCCUCUCUGGGCAUAGAAAAAAAAACAACUGUUAUAUUCACUUUUUCUGUACUGUACGUGAAAUUUUGUACUCUUAUACAACAGAUGAGUCUCAGGUCAAGUUGUAUGCAUGAGGGAUGUUUUGCCCUGUGUACAACUGAGAGUUCAUCGUAAUAUUUUCAUACUCAGAUGGUCACAGAGGUGAAACAGUGCCAUUACCUUUCAGGUACAAUAAUUCAACAACAUUAUUAUUAUAUACUAAAUAACUUUAUCCAGGACUGGGUUGCACCAGUUGUUUGUAAAUUCACAAACUUAAGGAACGCCUUGACUAGUAAGGACUUUAUUAAUGUGUGAUUCGAUCUCUAGAAAACAUCUGUAACAACAUGAAAUCACAUCCAAUCAACAAUCAGCAUCACAAGUUGUAACAUAACUUCCAAUGUUGUUGUUGUUCCAUUGUUGCUUGUUUUGUAAAAGCAACAAUUUAAUGUUAUUGUAGGAAUAUCACUCUAUACCAGUAUAACUGAUAAAACUUUAAUUUUGGUUCAUGUUGUACAAAGUCAGCAAAGGAAAUAUAACAUUUCUGGCCGCCAUCUUUUUUUAAGAUCAGGAAAAAUAGACACCACUACAUAAAUGGGUAAAAAAUCUGAUUUACUCCUGCAUCAGAUGGAAUAUUUUAUUAUCCAAAUGGUUAGUAAAGUCUACAGGGAGUAUAGACAUAUAGGUUCAGAAUAGCAGUAAGUGUGGUUAAACCACCUUUCAAAUAUAUUUACUUAUUAAAAAAUCUGAUGUAUAGCUGUGUCAAUAACUAGGUUUGAAUUUCAUGAACAGCUGGUGCAACCUGCUCAUGAAUAUGUUCCUAUACAGUUCAUCCACUCCUUUAUGCUGCUCUGAGGACUUUUUUUAUGUAAUGUAAUUAACUCAAAUCUAAAGUAGAGUUAGAAAUUUUAUAUUAAACAUAUAUGACAAAGGGAAAUUACUGUAAUUUCCAAGUCUUGCAGGUUUACACUCACAGCAGGUGAGUGAAGUGUAAAUCUUAAAUUCAGGGUAUGAGCGAUCAUCUCAGAGAUUAAAGUCAGACGUCGUUUUCAGUCCUUCACUGCCUCUUUCUGCUUCUACUUUAAAACGAUGUGUGCUCAUUGUAUAUAUGGACCGAUCAAUAAGGAGUGAUGAUCAGCGCGAGGUCAUGGACGGUCACAUGCUCACUGCUGAAUAUUCUCCAUGCUCCUCUGACUCUCAGGGUUCAGGCGCAGGCCACUCUGCUCCCUCUCUGAUGCACUUUAGAGCCUGAAGGGGUCAGUGUAGCUCACAUUUAGCUCUCUCUCUCUCUCUCUCUCUGUGAUUUAUAGCGUGUCCCUCUGAGAAAUGUGUGUCUCGUUACAGUGCAGGAGAAUGCACACAGGCUCACCUGAAUCGCCUCCCAAGUUGAAAUGUGUUGAUUUGAUGUCAUGAGUUUCUCCUCUCGUGGUUCGUGAUUUCACCAAAUGAUCUGACGCAGAAUGCAGUGUGGUGAUGCUGAGUUAUAAACAUGUAAGAUGAUGAUAACAAUGUCAUUCCAGGGUUACACACUGAGCAGUAAAAACCUCCAGUUUUUCCCUCCCCUCCUGUGUUUCACACUGUUUACUCCAAACGCGCCUCGUGAUCCCUGUUAUGAGACAGAGGUUGGUAAUGAUACGACCCCCCCUCCAUCUCUCUCUCUCCCUCCUCUUCUUCCCCAGCCGCCGGUUUGUGACCUUACGUUCAGUUAUUAUCUCUUCUGUCUCCCUCCUCCUGUGUCUUUUUCAACUGUCAUGUGCCCUCAAUGAAUCUGACAGUCUUCAUUCAUGCAUUUAUUCAGUCAUUCAUUCUCCACACAGUGAGAUUAACACAUCAUCCUCACACCUACAGAAUCUCCUGCUCCUACACGUUUGUUUUGGGCUCCGUGUGUGUGUGUGUGUGUGUGUGUGUGUGUGUGUGUGUGUGUGUGUGUGUGUUUUUUCUGUGCGAUAUCUCCUCGCCGAGUGGGUGACACUGUGAUCACGGAUGUCAUACGACGCACGCUGUAUUCUCCAAGACAGCAGAAGAC